AUGACGUACCUCUCUCAAUCUAGCCAUGUCAAGCUGCUCCCCAUCAGGAUCCUGAACAACACCAUUACUUCCCGCGCGACACACAGAUUCCUUGCGAUAUCUACAGGCACCAAGCCAAUGCUGGACGGCUCCGAGAAGGGCAUAACCGAGGAAUUUUGGAGUAACCUUAUGUUGGUACAACGGCAUAUUCCUGUGGUCGUGGUAAACUCCCAUGAAUGCCAGCGCCUUGGUCUACAGCCAGCUCUUGAACGUCAACACAAAGGCAGGGAUCUUGCAAAUAUUACCGUUCUGGUGGUUAUCCAAACUGCCCUGGGCCUCAAAGAUCCGACCUCAUUAGGCUGCCAGUGUGACAAAUACUUUCCCUUCUCACCUGGCUCCUCAGUGUGUUGCCCCCAUAAAUGGCGGAAAGUCCAACUGGAACCAGAAACGUCGAGCUCGAUGUACAUGGAUGUAGACGUCAAUGAUAAUGAACGCCCGGUCGACCUUACUGCGAAGGCCGUGAAGGAAUUGGCUUAUGCUACUGCCCAGGGCAGUUUCGGUGACGUAUGGAAAUGCAUGUUCUCAGACAAAGAUAUUAACGCGGAGGUUGGGUUCAAGGUGGCGGUUCAAUAUAAUAUCUUCAGCAAGAGGUUGAACGUUCAACGUUCAACGUUGAUGGUCGACUUCCGCAAGCGGAGACCACUGCGCCAUAAUAACAUUCUUCCCUUGCUUGUGUGGGAUUGCCUACUGGUUCGGUCCAGUACCAGCUAUCACCCACAAAUUUUGUUUGUAUAUGGCGCAUGGACGGUUCACUGCAACAAAGUAGUUCAUGCAGAUCUCACAGGUAUAUGCGACGCUUCUCACAUCUUCGUUCCUUCAACGUACUUCUCAACAGUACUUGAUGAAAGAGCUCUUGUAGUGGACCAUGGGCUCUUGGCUACACGUCGCAACCUAACCGGGACUUCUUACAUCGGGAGUAACGUACGAUGGGAUGCUCCUGAGCUACUCGAGUUUCCGGAUACCGAAGAUCAUGGUCAUGAUCCGCUCUCUGGCAGUCCGAACUCCAUCGAUGGGCUCUUUUCCCUUGAUGAAGAUGUGCCAAUUGGAAUCAACUCUCGGAAGUCAUUUCCGCAGUUCUUUAUCGUAUGCAUUGACUUUCAAAUCCUUGUUGCUCGCGAGGUGUUAUCCACGAAAGUCUUUUUGGGGUACGGAUCACUUGAUCCUAUUGGGCGACACUAA